AUGUCGUCAAGGGCCAGCCAGCGCCAGGUCGGCUCGCCCGGCCAGGCUCUGAAGUGGAAGUUUAGGAUAGUUUUCUCCUUGUUGAUUGUAGCCAUCGGGGUGUACGCUAAAGUCCAGAAGGCUACAGACACGGUGCGGGACACGUUCCUGAUCGACCCGGCUGUCAUCCUAAUUGUGGUGGGGGUGGUCAUGUUCUUCAUCACUUUCUGUGGCUGCAUCGGAGCCCUUCGAGAGAACAUUCGCCUCCUCAAGACAUUCUCCUUCAGCCUGACAUUGGUCUUCCUCACCCAGCUGGCCAUAGCAAUCCUGGGCUUCUUCUACUCCGAUCAGACUCGGGAUGCUUUGGGAAAGUUUGUGAAGAAAGCCAUCGUGCACUACAGGGAUGACCUGGAUCUGCAGAACCUGAUGGAUUACAUCCAGAAAGAGUUCAAAUGUUGUGGGUGGAACAACUACACAGACUGGUCCUGGAACCUGUACUUUAAUUGCACACAUGAGAACCCCAGCUCCGAGCGCUGUGCCGUGCCUUACUCCUGCUGCACUCCUGUUCCUGGAGAGACAGUGAUCAACACUAUGUGUGGUUUUGGGGUUCAAACCCAGAACUACCUAGAGGCAAACAAGUCGAUCUACCCGGUAGGCUGUGCGGACAAAGCAGUGAUGUGGGUCGAGUCUCAUCUGUUGCUGGUGGGCGCUCUCGCACUGGGUCUGGCCUUGCCGCAGAUUGCAGGCAUCGUGCUGUCCCAGAUCCUGAUCUCUCAGAUCCAAGAUGAGAUUAUUUCAGUGUUGUGAGAGCGGGCCAACGCAGGAGGAGAGGAGGAAAGAAAAGAACUUACAGUGCUCCAUUUGGCUCGUCUGACAUGUGCAAGGACAUCUUUUUUUACCACUACUGUAUCACUGCGACAUUUGAGUACAUAUUCUUCCUGUGCUGCUGCUAACAGGCAUCAAAGUGUGGUACACACGGAGUCAUCACAUGCAAAAUGCAAAGUGUAUAUUUAUUGGUUUUGAACAUGGUUUUUGUAUUGAUCAUUGACAUGAGGAUUUUAUUUCUGAAAAGUAUUUAUAUUUAAAUGUGAAGUUUGCUAAUAAAAUCUAAGAGAAGAAAU